AUGUCAUCGCCUAGCCGUACAGAUUUUCCUGUGGUCGUUCUAUUCAUUAAAAUUAUAAUCUGCACGCACAUUUUAAGCAAUAAAUCUGUUACAGUAUUUAGGAAAGAUUUAUGGUUACUAUCCUUCCUCACGCGUAAUUUUUUCCAAUCGCCUUCGAGCCUUUUGGCAACGAACGGCAGUCUACGUCAAGCGGAAACAAAAACGCACACCCGUCAUCCGCACUCCGGAAAUACACAUCAUCGUUCAAUCCGAGCUGACAGUCGUACGAACUUUAGCUAUGAAAACAGCCCCAGUGUUCACGACCAGGGGUUUAUUCAGAUAUACGCCGAACAGCACGUGAAGUUAACGCUCGAAUGCGCCGUCAAUAUUAAUUUCAGCACGAGCAUUUGGCUGAAAGACGGCCAGAUUGUACAGACGAUACUUAAGGACAAUAUUAAUAAUAAACGUGUUAGUGGACAUAGGUUUCUGGUGGAUAGCAGUGGGAAUCUGUUGAUUGAUAAUGUACGGCUUGAGGACGACGGACGUUGGCAGUGCGAAGCGGAGGAUGCUCUUGGAUUUGUCGUUACCGGCAAACAAAUUCAACUCACAGUUUUGGUUCCUAGAUCAGAAGAGACAAUCAAAACUCCAGAGGAUUUGGUAAACUCAAAAAUGCCGAUUUGUGCAGUUGAAGGUUACCGUCCUGUACUUGUGGCCGAACCAUCUGGGAACACUAGGUAUUCAAAAAUUAAGCGCAAAAUAAUUUUUUUCCCGCUCAGGAAACCAUACCCAACAGAACGCGCCCUGGUGGGAGUAUCAAAUGCGAUCAUACGUUUACAGUAUCUAUGACCCGAUGCUCAUAAGGGAUGAAGAGCAUGUCAUCCAAAUGAGACAGGGGCAUUA